GGGGAGGGUGCGCGCGCGUUCAGCGGCCUCUUUGUGUGGUGCCCAGAUAGGGGAGCGGAGGUGGCGGUGGCGGUAGCGGCGGCCUUGGUUGUCUUCCAGUCUCCUCGGCUCGCCCUCUAGCCGGCACCUCUCCCCUCCCCUCCCCCUUCCUCUUUUCCUCCUUCCCUUCCCUUCCCUUCUUCCCUUCCCCGUCGGUGACCGGCGGGGGCGGCUCCAGCAACGGCUGGGCCCAAGCUGUGAAGAGGCCUUAGCCAACGAUAACAGCGACGGCGAAACCUCGGAGCUCGCAGGGCGGGGGGAAGGCCCGGGCCGUGGAGAUGGAGAAUUCCCAGUUGUGUAAGCUGUUCAUCGGUGGCCUCAACGUGCAGACGAGUGAGUCGGGCCUGCGCGGCCACUUUGAGGCCUUUGGGACCCUGACGGACUGCGUGGUAGUGGUGAACCCCCAGACCAAGCGCUCCCGUUGCUUCGGCUUCGUGACCUACUCCAAUGUGGAGGAGGCCGAUGCCGCCAUGGCCGCCUCACCCCAUGCCGUGGACGGCAACACGGUGGAGCUGAAGCGGGCGGUGUCCCGGGAGGAUUCGGCGCGGCCCGGUGCCCACGCCAAGGUGAAGAAGCUCUUUGUCGGGGGCCUUAAGGGAGACGUGGCCGAGGGCGACCUGAUCGAGCACUUCUCGCAGUUUGGCACCGUAGAAAAGGCCGAGAUUAUUGCCGACAAGCAGUCGGGCAAGAAGCGUGGCUUCGGCUUCGUGUAUUUUCAGAAUCACGACGCGGCAGACAAGGCCGCCGUCGUCAAGUUCCAUCCGAUCCAGGGCCAUCGCGUGGAGGUGAAGAAGGCUGUCCCCAAGGAGGAUAUCCACUCCGGGGGAGGCGGAGGCGGCUCCCGGUCCUCCCGGGGCGGCCGAGGCGGCCGGGGUCGCGGCGGUGGUCGUGACCAGAACGGCUUGUCUAAAGGCGGCGGCGGCGGUUACAACAGCUACGGUGGUUACGGCGGCGGCGGUGGCGGUGGCGGCUACAACGCCUACGGAGGUGGCGGAGGCGGCUCGUCCUACGGUGGAAGCGACUACGGUAACGGUUUCGGAGGCUUCGGCAGCUACAGCCAGCACCAGUCCUCCUAUGGGCCCAUGAAGAGCGGCGGCGGCGGCGGCGGCGGAGGCAGCAGCUGGGGCGGUCGCAGUAACAGUGGACCUUACAGAGGCGGCUAUGGUGGUGGGGGUGGCUAUGGAGGUAGCUCCUUCUAAAAAGAAAUUUAAGAUGCCUGGGAGUGGCUAUAGGGGUAGCCCUUUUCAACCCCCCAACUAGGGUCGACUCCUAAGCCCCUUCCCCUCCCACCGCCUUCCCCAUUUUGCCCUUGGGGGAGCCACUUCUAAGGCUGCUCACCCUUGGGGGUGUUGCCGUGUUUGCCUGCCACCUCUCUUGUCUCUCCCUCUGAAGAUGGACUUGGCCCCACAUACACAUUUUUGUGUUACAGUCAUUGAUGGACUCUAUUUUUUUAUUAUUACUUGGACCUUGGUCGUUUUUAUACUAGCAAAAUGUCUUGUUUUAAUUUGUGUUUUUUUGGGGGGGUGGGAGUGAACUUGCUGAUUCUGUAGCAAAACCUUGGGCGGGGGUUGGGUGGGGGGUAGUUUACUUUGUUGUAAGGACUUGAUACCUGGCUACAGCAUUUUCUAUGAAAUUACUUGGAUCCCAUGCCCGAAAUUUGGAAGCAUAUGUACAAAAAUCAUUUUUACGUUUUAUUUUUAAUAAAUCAUUGUGUUUGACCGUAAAUGUCUAACCUUUUUUUUAUAGGAUCCAUUCCAUACCAUUUUAAGGGAUAUUAGUUGAAAAUUUUUCGUGUUAAUCCUUAAUUCUUGAUGUGUACUUAGAAAAACUUUUAAACGGUCCUGUGGGUUUUUUUUUUUUUUUCUUGCUGUUGCCCUGCUAGUGACUUGUUGAAUUUUAUCCCUUACAGACAAAACUUUGAAGUGGUGGAUGUGGCUUUUUAAAAUCUUUAAAGUUUCUGUGCAUCCAUCUCUUGUACUAAGCGAUUUUGCUUACCAUCUUGACAUGGUUGGUCACCUCUUUCUAUGAGAAUUUACUUAAAAGUAUGUACUGUGUAGUUCUAAAAAAUAGUUUGUGUUAAGCAUGUGUUUUCAUUCAUAUAAACUGUUUAAAAUUUUCAGAUGGCCUAGUUUCAGCCCUCUUACUGGUUUGUCUAUAUUGAAUGGUUACAAAUAAGGGUUAUAUUUUACCCUCAGACUAAAUGCGUUUUUGUAUUUUCAGAGCAGGUUUAAACAUUUUUUUUUCUAUAGCUGAACUGUUGUUCUCAUGGAAAUCCUCCCCCCAACCUUUGUAGCACCAUCUACUGGCAGAAUGGCAGUAUAUCUGCAAAACAAUUUGUUUAAAAACUUGUCUAGGACAAUUGCAUCAGAUUUAGAAGUUUUGCCAUCACAAAUCUGCAGACGCUGGUUAUACAUUUACUUGUAACUGAGAUGGGCUUUACAGGAAUGUAGUUAAACAGUCCAUAUCACAAUUCCCCUUUAUACAUGAGAUUUGAAAAUGUAAACUGCUAUGCAUAGCUUGGGUAAAGGCCCCAAAUUGCUAUGACAACUAAUGAACCAGCUACAUGUACUGGAAUCUUAGGUGCAAGUUGUAAAGCAAAAUAUCUGUGUAUUCUGCUUGAUUAACAAAUGUAUAUUUGUAGCCCUUUCUUGCAAUAGAAUUCAAGUUGUUGUUUAUAAAAAGCAAAACAAAAUGAUAAUAGGAGAAAAUUGCCUUCCUGGAUAGAAAUAUAGAAUAGCAGCGUUUAUGGAUAUCACAAAUAAAGAAUUCAAUUCUUUACAUGAUUGAGUGAGAGUAUGUAUAACCUGGUGGGUGGGUUCAGACUACCUAUUAAUCUAGUACAGACACGAUGUAAUGUUACUGGUAAAAUACAUGACUUGAAUUUUGAUGUUGAAAGCCCAGAGCUCUAUUAAUCUUUCUUAAGGGAGAUGAUUGGGCUUUAAAGUAAAAGAAAUACUGACCCUUUUUCUCUUAGUUCUUGUCACUGUAUAUUAAAGUUGAUUCUUGCAAAAAUUUUUUUCCUUAUUACCACGGUUCUAUUUUCAAGAGAUAGAAGAAAGGUCAAGAUUGCUGGGUUAAAUAUGGCUGCUCAGUAGUCACUUUGACAAAAGAUAGCUGAUUCUUGACCUUAAGUACCUCUACGACAACUGGGAUAGAUGUUUUUUGCCACAUUGAAUAAGUAAACAUAUAGUCAAAUCUUGCUCUCAAACGUUUUUUACAGUUUGCUUAAAUUUUUCACUCUUAGCAAAAUGCAUCAUACUGUGUUUCUUUGGUAGUUUGGUCCAGCUUUUGCAGGGACCUCAGAUACAGAAAAUGAUUUGCUUAAAAUUUUAUUAUAGUUACUGCUCACCUUGCCUUUUACUCAGUGGAAAAACUUAUUUUUUCUGGUUCAAUUGGAAUAGUCCACUUUUUGGAGGAUUUUCAGAACUUGAAUGGGAUCAUUUUAUAUUUCCAACAUGACUUAAAAAAUUAAAUUAUGUAAAAGAAUUUCCUGUUAAUUAGAAAAGUGACUUAAGUGUUCUGUUCAUGGUAUAUUACUGCUUUAUUGUCAUGUAUCUACCUUUACAAAUUUCUGUAAUCUGGAUUGGUAUUUAGUGAAGGCAAAAAUAGUGGUAGUCUUUCUGGAAUUCCUCUUGUCAAUUUUUAUGCAAGCGUUUUUGGCAUGUAGAACUUAUUUAUUUUUACGUUUUGACCUUUUUUCACUUAUGAGACUAUCUGAACAUUACUUCACAUUUAAUUUAAGAAUUCAUGGGAGGAGGUGGUAUAGAACCUAAUCAGUAUUGAAUACAAUUUUUUGCGCUAUGCUUGAGUCUAAUUUGUAAGAUUAGCAAAAUAAAAACCUAUUUUUUUGUCUCCCUAUUGUGAAGAACUUUUGCAUCUACAGUGUUUUUAGUGUAAAGUCAAUAAAGUCAAUGGUAAUCA